AUGGAGCUAAAGGAUCAGGCGGCUAAUCAGAAGUUCUCCUAUUUAGAUGCCGUGAUGGCCAAACUGCAUCAUUGGAUGAUGCGGCUGGUUACAGUUAAAGAAAUGGAACAUCUUGACUGGAGUGCAAGGAUGAAGAUUAUCAUGGCCAUUGCUUAUUGCUUACAAUACAUGCACCAUGAUUUAAAUCCACCAGUGGCACAUUCUAACUUGAAUUCACAUAAUAUCUUUCUAACAGAUGACUAUGCAACUACGAUGGCUGAGAUCUCUUUCUUGCCACAAGAUUCCUCCAAGUCGAAGAGCUCAAGUGACAAUGAGUUUGUGCAUUCUACAUUGCCACCUUUGGCUGAUGUAGAGAAAAAUGUCUAUUGUUUUGGGAUUCUGUUGCUAGAAAUCAUUUCUGGAAAGCUCCAAUACUUGGAAGAACAAGGGUCCCUUGAAAAAUUGUCUUUCAAAAACAAUGAGCUUGACCUCAUAUGCGAGAUUAUCCAAGAGUGCAUACAACCAGAUCCAAAGCAAAGACCAACAAUGAAGGAUAUCACUUCCAAGUUGAGGGAAGUGAUUGCUAUCUCACUUGAUCAAGCAACUCCAAGACAUUCUCUGCUUUGGUGGGCUGAACUUAAAAUAUUAUCCGUCGAGGCUACUUUAGUUCUGUCUCACUCUCUUCUUCUUUGUAUUGAAAAUUUUGAUUACAAUACAAUAUGA